AUAAAAUGAGGAUCCAUUUGAUUUUCCAAAAAAUGUUGAAAAUAAAGAAGAAAAGUAGAAAACCCUCUUUCAAAUGAUUACACUGACUGAGUCUGAGGUACAUUUUGUCAGAAUCAAUCUCUCUUUCAAAAGAUCGCAAUAACUCUCUCUCUCUCUCUCUCUCCACCGUCCUCCGCCAUGGACGACCCACCACCGUUACAAAAAAUCGCAAUCUCCGGUCCAACACUAGCCUCACUAAUCCACCGCUUCUCAACCACAACCUCAUCUUCCUCAAUCGACGGCCUUCUCUUCGGCCACGUCACCUUCGUCACCCCUCUCAACCUCUCCGACGACUCCUCCGACACUUCUCAAACCCUCCUCGCCACCGUCACCGGUUUUCUCACCUCCUCUUCCUUCCAUAACACCUCCGGUACAAUCAACACCACCUCCCUCCGUCGUCUCAUUCCUCAUAACACUUCCCUCCUUGGUUGGUUCUCCGGUCGCCGCCGUACUCCUCUCCGUCCAUCGCUCCGCGAAUUUACCAUCACUUCAUCUCUUUCAUCUCUCUCCCAAUUCUCUUCCACCAUUAAAGCUAAUUCCGAUUCCAAUUCAAAUUCUUUCUCUUCUUCUUCAUCUUCUUCCCUCAAUUUCAACCCUAGCUUGUUCUUUCUUCUCGCUUCACCAAUUUCCGAUCAAACCUCUCACAUUCAUACUCAUGAUUACCGUGCUUACCAGUUCAUAACUGGAACCCAAUCUUUCAACCCGGUUUCGGUCGAUAUCAUCAACAUUGGUCCGGCUUUUCGGGGACAUUAUGGAUCUUUUAUCCCUAAUUCACCAUUUCCUGCACUUGAUUGUCAGCUGAGUUACUCUCCGAUGAUUCGCGACGAUGAUGACGAGAAGUUGAGUAAGAUGAAGCAAGCUGCUAAAGAUCAGAGGGAGUUGGAUAUUUGUUCUGAGGGGUUUGAGGUUGGAAGGUUGAGUAAGUUGAUGGGUUCUGAGGCUAAGAAUUAUACACAGAGUUUGGAGGAUUUGUACCUUAAAAUGCUUGUCAAGAUUGAAAAUUUGACUGCAUUGGUUGAGGAGAGUUCAGCUAAGGUUCUUCAGCAGGAAAAUCAUAAUAAAAAGUUGAAACACAAAAUUUUGAGAUCUGCUGCUGCAGAAUAACUAUCUUCAGUGGUGGAAAUUUUUUCUGUUCUUUCAGAAAACAGGGAAGAUAUGGCAAUCAACAAUGUCCAGAGUUAUGCGUGCGCCUGACCUGGAUUAUCGAGUUUCUUCCAGAAUCACUUGAAACUAGAAUUUUCCUUUUCGAACUUUUGGCUGAGCGUGUAGUAUAUGUGGCACAGCUAUUGUUAUUGUAUUUUACUUUUUGGUGUCUCUUCAAGCUGAAGAAGGUUUUGAUUGUGCAAUGGGGAUGAGUGACUCGGUCCUUCAUAAUAUACAAAAGUUCCUGAUAUCUUUUCUCCCUACAUUGGCGUUUGCUUCAUGUAAUGAUAUGCCAACUGUAUUCUAGAUUGUGUAACUUUUGCUCCUUUAAGCCCUUCAUUGAAAAAUAUAUUCUGCUGUAGUUUUUAUGAUGCUAUGCCAUUUAAGCAAGCUCACUUGCAUGAUAGUAAUGAAGUCAGUUGUGCAAGGAAUUUUACCAA